GCAUUUUCUUAUAAUUAUUGAACAAUGUUACUUGCUCUUCUUUUAUUUAUGACAAAAUAGAUAAAUGUAUGUAGGAUAGAUCGAAGCAACGGAGGUGAGAGAGAGAGAGAUGAAGGUUUUCUGUGUCUUUACUUUCCUGUGAGGAUUCUUUCCUCCCCAGGAAAAAUUCUGCCCGCUUUUGUCCCUUUUCUCUUUCUAUACGCCUUUCCGACUUACUCGUUGCCUUUGCCGUUGGCGUUGUUUUCUCUCUCUUCUGUGGCAAGGUUUUUGGGGAGGAAUGCCGCUAGAUCAGUAAGAGUUGUUAGCGAUGCAGGAUAUUGCCGGGGAAUUAUAUUAUGGUUAGGGUUUCUGCUGGUUAAGUAAUACCAGGGAGAGGGGAAGCGCGGCGCUGAAGUAUCGGAGGCCGGCUUCGUGGCAGAGGAGCCCGUUUUUUGAGGAAGAUUCUCGAUCAUACAGCCAUCGAAACUUGCUGGGGGUUGGCGUCGGCGAGAGUCUGAGAGGAGUCGGCAAUUGCUGAAGCUAGUGGUCGCAAGGGAGGAGUUCUGAAUGGUCGGGAGGGGGUGAAUGAGUCGAUGAUUGCCGAGGAAAGGAGGAAGCGCGUUGUGGUUUAGUAUGGUUGGCGACAUUCGAUCGCGGAGGAGAACGGCAGGGAGGAUGCGAGAGUUUUGGUAGAAUGGUAGCAGUGAGUUGGUGUUUUUCAGUUAAGAGCUAGGUGGAUCGUGGAUCAUUUGUGCAUGGGAUUUUACUUUCUUCUGAAAUGAGAUUGAUAUUGUUCUUUAAAACCCUUUGAGCACGUUUGAUGUGAUUCUUAGUUCGGAGUCUAAGUCAGAAUUUGAAGCACGUACAUAGUUUUUUGGGACAGAAAGAUUUGGGAAAACAAUCAAAGGAAAGAAGUGAGGGAAGGGAAGGAAUUUUUCGAAGGCAAAGAGAGUCCUUUCAGAGAAUCACUGUAUUUUUUGCCUUUCUAAACGGUGACGGUAGCCAUUUUUGGAGAACAAUUUCAAGUUUCCGGAGAAGCCACGAUCAGGAUACGUUUUUCGGGUUUUACUUAUUGAAAUGAGGAGCCCUUAGUGAUUGUCUUUCAGCCAUUUGUUGUCUUUCGGAGAAGAAAGAUCCCGUUCGACAUAAAGUUGCAGUCUGAUGGCAACUCUUGUGGAUCCUCCAAAUGGAGUUGGAAACAAAGGCAAACAUUAUUACUCAAUGUGGCAAACAUUGUUUGAGGUAGACACAAAGUACAUCCCAAUAAAGCCAAUUGGUAGAGGAGCAUACGGUAUAGUUUGUUCCUCAAUUAAUAGAGAAACUAAUGAAAAGGUUGCUAUCAAGAAGAUACAUAAUGCCUUUGACAAUCGUGUGGAUGCACUCAGAACUCUGAGAGAAUUAAUGCUUCUUCGUCAUCUUAGACAUGAAAAUGUGAUUGCUUUGAAGGAUAUUAUGCUGCCUACAAAUAGGAGUAACUUUAGGGAUGUCUAUCUGGUUUAUGAACUCAUGGACACUGAUUUGCAUCAAAUUAUCAAGUCUUCUCAGGCUCUUUCGAACGAUCAUUGCCAGUAUUUCCUGUUUCAGUUGCUUAGAGGCCUCAAAUACUUGCACUCAGCUAACAUCCUCCACCGUGACUUAAAGCCUGGCAACCUCCUUGUGAAUGCAAACUGUGACUUGAAAAUCUGUGACUUCGGCCUUGCUCGCACCAGCAGUGGCAAGGGAGAGUUCAUGACGGAGUAUGUUGUGACACGCUGGUAUCGGGCACCUGAGCUCCUCUGCUGUGACAACUAUGGCCCCUCCAUUGACGUCUGGUCUGUUGGAUGUAUUUUUGCUGAGCUGCUGGGACGGAAACCAAUUUUCCCUGGAAAGGAAUGUCUCGAUCAACUGAAGCUGAUAAUCAAUGUCUUGGGCAGCAUGGAUGACUGCAAUUUCGAUUUCAUUGACAACCCAAGGGCUCGGAAAUACCUAAAGUCCUUGCCUUUCUCUCCUGGAACUCCAUUGACACGACUCUAUCCACAUGCAAACCCAUUGGCAAUUGACUUGCUACAGAGAAUGCUUGUAUUUGAUCCAUCAAAGAGAAUUAGUGUCGCUGAUGCGCUCCAGCAUCCAUACAUGGCACCCCUCUAUGAUCCAAGGCUUGAUCCACCGGCACAGGUACCAAUUAUUCUUGACCUAGAUGAGGACCUGAGUGAAGAUAUGAUUAGAGAGUUGAUGUGGAAGGAAAUGCUUCACUAUCAUCCAGAGGUUACCCUAGCCAACUCAUAGACUGUCUCAAGCCCGACAUUUUUAGCUUUAUAUGAUGUGGAGAAAAGAAGCUAAUAUGGUGCUGUAAUAUACAGUCCUAAAUUAUCCCAGGAAGUUGAGAAGCAUUUUAGGAAAGGUAUUUGCUGUAACUCCUGGCGCAAACUUGUGUUAGAGUUUUUCUACUAAUAAUGCACGUCUUCUUUGAAGAUUUUACGUGGUAAGCGUGUUUUUGGCUUAAAAUCUGUAUAUAUUGUCUGUAAGAGUAUGUAUUGUACAUUUGAUAUGUGAUCAUGCGACGGUAUUUUGUUAAGAUGAAAGGUUAUAAUGCAUCUUUGUUGUUUCGUCUUUGAAGUAUU